AUAACGGCGAAGAAGAGGAACCGGAAGUCUCCGCGCAGUUCCGCAGAGCAGCUGUCAGCAGGCCCAUUCGGAGAAAUUAACAGUCGUUAUUGUUCUCGCUGAUUUCAUGAUGUUUUAAUUUAAGAAUCCGAGCUGUGAAAUGGCGCUGGAGUGGCGAGAGGCGGCGGAGCGGAUGGAUGUGUACCUGAGAGAGCUGCUCUCCUCCGGCCUGCUGCUCCUGCACGCGGAGCUCGGAGUGGAUGUGGGGCUGAAAGCGGAGCUGCUUCCGCCGGGGCUCCUCGCCUGUGUGGCGGCGGGACUCGGCCUCCUGCUCGCCGUGCUGCUCUGGCUCUCCGUCUGCCGCUGCUUCUCUAAAAAACCCGCCGAGAAAGUCGCACCUGAGGCGGGGAAGACCUCCAAACCCAAAUCCGAGGAGGUGAAGAAGAAGAGCAGAAAGAGAGGAGGAGGAGAUAAGAAGGCGCAGAGGAAUGGCCUGGCUGUUGACCUGGAGGAGGAGCUAAAGCCGGCGGAGACACAGAACCAGAACCAGAACCUGAACCAGAACCAGAGCGAGAGUCCAGAUCCAGCUGGGGGGAAAAGUGAUAAGGGAAAGAAGAACAAGAAGAAGGCGAAAGCAUCGGUGAAGGAAACGAAGUCUCCGUCGACGUCGGAGCACAAAGAGCCAGAGGAAGCAGGAACCUGGGAGACGAAAGUGAGUCACCGAGAGAAGCGACAGCAGCUGAGGAAGGAUAAAGGAGCGGGAGAUGAGUCGGGCAGUCCCGGAGGAACGGAGCCGAGGGCUAACGCUGCAAACACGGAACACACGGCCGCUGUGGAGGAACCUAAAAUCAUCCUGACACCAUCUGUAACCUCCAACGCCACCAAGACCUCCAACGCCAACACCACCAGGACCACCAACACCAAGACCUCCAACACCACCACCACCAAGACUUCCAACACCAACAACACCACCAACACCACCAACACCAAGACUUCCAACACCACCAACACCACCAACGCCACCACCACCAAGACCUCCAACACCAACAACACCACCACCACCAAGACCUCCACCACCACCACCACCAACUCCAAGACCACCAAAAACACCAAGACCACCACCGCUCCUGCACCUAAAGCUCAGAAGAACGGUCAGAGAACCCAGCAGGGGGUUCCACCGGGAGAACACGAGCCUCCUGUUGCUGAAGUGACCCGUGCCGUCAUUCCACCAGUGUCUCGCGCGUGGGACGUGAUGACCGCGAACGGAUCAGGAUCUUGGGAUCUGGGCAUGUCGGUUCCUCCUCACACACAGACCUGGAACAGCGUGAAGUCCGAAGCGUCCGUCUGGCCUCAGGACAUGGAGGGCUCGUGGAUGAUCGUAGACGGUUCUCACAUUCCGGUCUCGCUCCACGGAAUGACUGCAGGUGUUGAAGCGACGGUUGUUCCUGAGCGACCCUGGGCGUGUCCAGCCCCCGUGGAUGACGAGUGGUCUGGACCCAACAGCGGUUCUGCAGAUCCGGCGUCGGAUUACUGCGCCCCGUGUGAGGAGUGGGGGAAUUACGAGGAGCCAGCAGGUGGCGCUGUUUCUCCUGACGAGCCUCAGGAUUCCGAUCCGGAAAAGGACAAAGACGAACCUGCGGCUCCGGGAAGCAGCAAAGCCAAGAAGAAGAAGAAGAAAAAGAAGAAAGCGGAGGAGGCUGGAAGUGCUGCUCAGAUGGAGGUGGAAGUGGGCGUGGCUAAAGACCAGAACACUGCAGGGAACAUUUUGCCUAAAACCACAAAAGAGCAGGAAAUCGUGGUUUCUCCUCGAGUCCCGCUGAAACCGACUGAACCUGAGGCUCCGCCCAAAAACACAGCUCCGCCCACUCAGAAGAAACCUGAGGAGAGCUGGGAAUCUCCGAAACAGGUCAAGAAGAAGAAGGCGCGGAGAGAAACAUGAGCGCGGAUUUCAGGAAGAAACGUCGAUAUGCAAACGUCCAGGAUUUCAGAGAGACUGCGAGUCGUGCUUCGGGUGGAUUAGCGCGCUAACGUGAGCGCGAGUCUCCGUGCAUUCGGACAGCAAACAGUGUAACAUAUCAGUCCUGUGGGUGUGCUGUACAUCAGGCAUGUGCUGAUAAUCAUUUCAUAUCACGAUAUUCCGCUAACAUUUCAUCACGGUUAACGAUAAUAUCGUGACGUUGUCGUGGAUCAAAGAUUAGAAAAUUGUGAGAUUUUACUGUUCGGAAUAAAGACGGCUUCAAGUUUUUAAAUGCUAAAUUGUCUUCGCUGCUAAAUAUCGUGAUGUAUCGUCCACCGAUAAUCAGCACAUGCCUGACGUACACUUUAAUAAAAUGUCUUUUUUUUUCCCUUUUUGAGUGAUUAAUUAGGUUAAUUUAUAAUUCUGUAGUGAAUCUGACGACAUCUUGUUUAGUUUUGGGUUAAUUUUUUGGUUUUGUUUUAAAAAAAAAAAAAAAAGAAAAUUUCAGGAAAAAAAAUGAAACGUCCACAACGUCUCACUCGUCUCUAAAUGUAGCCAAUCAGCGUCAAGUUUUUACGGUUUUAGUUUUGGAAAGUCCUGGAGCUACGAAGUUAAAAGUUAACAUAGCUAACGUGUUAUAGAAGUCUGUCAUUCAAAAAGUUUUCAAAAAAAAGAAAAAAAAAACUCAAUUUCAUACACUUGCUUAAAAUGACAUCGUAAAACUUUCAUAAUCUCAUUUCUUAAAAUUAAUGGAUGUUAAAAAUAUUAGCAAAAACUGUUUGUUUACAUAUCGAUAGUUUAGCGGUUAACGUUACCAUCUUCUGGAGGCGGAGCCUAGAGGAGUGGAGUGAUAGCGAAUUCAGUAUUUCGUCUGAUCGACUGCAUUUAGCGUAAACGGGACGCGGUGGACGUUUAAUUUUUAGCCGUUAUGUUUCUGAAGGACUGACGUAGUUACAGCGGUAAAUAUUUCGUUCGGUUUUGUAUGCGGUAAAAGCCAUACGUGGAACGUUAAACGUAGACGUUGUUUUCUAUACGAGUUCUAAUAGACACGUGUCGCCUGUUAAACCCGUGUGGUAAACUCCGCCCACUUUCCCCCCCCUCAUUUGCAUGUGUAAUUUGUUUUUAACCCGUGACCGUGCUCAGGCUCUGUAAAAAUGAAAAGAAAACGGUGAGUCACGUGAUCGAACGGCGUUUCCCCGGACCUCGCGCUGUUUUUUUUUUUUUUCUGUUUUUUUUCGGUAAUGCGACGGAACUCCGAUGCCUUAACGUGGCGUGUGCGCAGUGACAGCGUCGUGGCCGUCUGUCCGCUGCAUGCACUUUUCCUCCUCUGUGCAUUCUGUCCAUCAUCAUCUCAUUAAAUAAACGUGGAUUCUUUGCAAACUCGC